AAAUUUUUAGUAUUAGCAAACCUGCAAAAAAAUAACAUUUUGUAAACUCUUGAUAUAAAAAUUGUUCCAAACAAUCCCUUCUCCACGAGAUCCUGCACGAAGUCUGAAGUCGGAAAUAUAAUGUCGCCGUCAAAGAUUCUCCUUGGCUCGAUGGCCAAUACCAUGAUGACUGGACCCUGCAGCAUUCUCCAGCACAUGUCGAAGGUAUCGCUCACCUGCCUCCGUUACUGCCAACUAUCGGCCACACACCGGCUAGUCCAUGCCUCACGGGCUUUCGCCGCCACCCGGGAUGGCAUCGAGAAGUUGGAAGUGCCAGCGACCACGCCCAUGCCUUUUAGGCGUGCUCAGUGUUUGCCCUUAAAACGCAGUGAACAGGAGCAUCGAAGGUUGGGAAACGCGCAAAAUACGGAGAAUGUAAAAAGGUUGCAGACCGAGAAGAGUCAGCAGCCAAAGAUUGCCCGUCUGCCCUUCAAGUGGCCAACUGAAUCGGCCCGUCCUUUUGGGAGUCGCCGUUAUAACUCUGUGAAGGACUUACUGAAGACCAUGAGUCAACCGCAUCAGUUGGCCAUCAAGUUGGUGAGCUUGUCCCAGGAAUUAUCAUCCGAAAAGGAAAAGAAUAAAAGGCUUCUGGAGAACUAUCACGAUCUGCUGGAGAAAGUAACCCUGAAGGAAAGAUAAACAACAAAAUGAAAAAAAAAGAUUUUGCCAUGGAAAUUUUACAUUUUGGCUUACAGCAGGAUAUUGCUUAAAUUAAUUCUAAAUUUUUUACGUAUGUCACGUUUUUGACAAUAUACAAUAUACCGGCUGGUAAUGUGAUUCUCGUCUA